CCCAAUUCUAAAUUCAAGUCCGGCGCCCGAGCAGCCCGGACAGAUUUGAAAAUCGAACUCGGAUUUUCAAAUUCCGAAUCCCCGAUUCCGACUGGAAAGGCCGCCGAUUAAUUUAAAAAAUUGUUAAAGAAAAAAAGUGUUUCGCUCGUUGUGAGUCUGGACGUUUAAUUUUGUGAUUCCCGAGUGUUAUGUGAAAAUGUGUGAACAGUGCGUUCAACGUUGAUCGAAGGAUGUUUAUGCGAUAGUAAUCGCAUGUGUUAUGCAUUUCAAGAGGCGCAAAUACAAUUUGAUAGACUGACGGUGUAACAAUUCAAAAUGGCUGAAGCUGAGGGAGGAGCGAGCGAGCAGGAUGAUGUUUCAUUCUUACGAACGGAAGACAUGGUGUGUCUCUCGUGCACAGCGACGGGAGAGCGUGUCUGUCUGGCUGCUGAGGGUUUUGGUAACCGGCACUGUUUCCUAGAGAACAUCGCGGACAAGAAUAUACCACCAGAUCUAUCGCAAUGCGUGUUCGUUAUUGAACAGGCGCUGUCAGUGAGAGCCCUCCAGGAGUUGGUGACCGCAGCGGGCUCAGAAACUGGCAAAGAAAACUUAGGUAAAGGAACGGGUUCCGGACAUAGAACAUUGCUUUACGGCAAUGCUAUACUUUUACGACAUCUCAACAGUGAUAUGUAUCUGGCAUGUCUGUCAACGUCGUCGUCGCAGGACAAACUAGCCUUCGAUGUCGGUCUGCAAGAGCAUUCGCAGGGUGAAGCCUGUUGGUGGACCCUGCAUCCAGCUAGCAAACAGAGAUCCGAGGGUGAGAAAGUUCGUGUUGGUGAUGACUUGAUUCUGGUGUCCGUUGCAACUGAGCGUUAUCUGCACACAACAAAAGAAAACGAGGUAUCAAUCGUGAACGCAUCGUUCCACGUCACACACUGGUCCGUACAACCGUACGGUACCGGUAUAUCGCGUAUGAAAUACGUGGGCUACGUGUUCGGCGGUGACGUGUUGAGAUUCUUCCACGGCGGUGACGAGUGUCUCACUAUACCGAGCACGUGGACGAAGGAAGGAGGCCAGAACAUCGUGGUCUAUGAGGGAGGAUCAGUGAUGUCGCAGGCGCGGUCGCUGUGGCGUCUGGAGUUGGCACGCACUAAGUGGGCCGGUGGCUUCAUUAACUGGUACCAUCCCAUGAGGAUCAGGCACAUCACUACCGGCAGAUACUUGGGAGUGAAUGACCAGAACGAACUAUAUUUAGUUAGCAGAGAAGAGGCCACUACAGCGUCCUGUGCCUUCUGUCUCCGCCAAGAAAAAGAUGAUCAGAAAGUGGUGCUCGAAGACAAAGAUCUAGAAGUGAUCGGUGCUCCGAUCAUCAAGUAUGGUGACUCCACUGUCAUCGUACAGCAUUCUGAAACAGGCCUGUGGCUGUCUUACAAGUCGUACGAGACUAAGAAGAAAGGCGUAGGUAAAGUAGAAGAGAAACAAGCGAUAUUACACGAGGAAGGCAAAAUGGACGACGGCCUAGAUUUCUCCAGGUCUCAAGAAGAGGAAUCUAGAACUGCUAGAGUUAUUAGAAAAUGUUCGUCGUUGUUUACUAAAUUUAUUAAUGGCCUUGAAACUCUCCAAGAGAACAGACGUCACUCGAUGUUCUUCGCUUCAGUCAACCUCGGGGAAAUGGUCAUGUGCCUUGAAGAUCUGAUCAACUACUUCGCCCAACCUGAUGAGGAUAUGGAACACGAAGAGAAACAGAACAAAUUUCGAGCGCUUCGCAAUCGUCAAGAUCUUUUCCAAGAAGAAGGCAUCCUUAACCUAAUUUUGGAGGCAAUUGACAAAAUCAACGUCAUCACAUCCCAAGGAUUCCUCGCUGGAUUCCUGGCUGGAGACGAAUCUGGACAGAGUUGGGAUAUGAUAUCAGGAUAUUUGUAUCAGUUGCUGGCUGCCAUCAUUAAAGGCAACCAUACGAACUGUGCCCAAUUUGCCAACUCUAAUCGCUUGAACUGGCUAUUUUCAAGACUCGGCUCGCAGGCAUCAGGCGAGGGUACAGGCAUGUUGGAUGUGUUGCAUUGCGUGCUCAUCGACUCACCAGAAGCUCUGAACAUGAUGAGGGACGAGCACAUCAAAGUUAUUAUAUCUUUACUCGAGAAACACGGUCGCGAUCCUAAAGUUUUGGACGUGUUAUGUUCAUUGUGCGUCGGUAACGGCGUCGCCGUAAGAUCCUCACAGAACAAUAUCUGCGACUACCUUCUGCCCGGGAAGAACUUGUUGUUGCAAACUCAACUUGUUGAUCAUGUGUCUAGCGUUCGUCCAAACAUCUUUGUGGGUCGUGUGGAAGGAUCAGCAGUUUAUCAGAAAUGGUACUUUGAGGUGACCAUGGACCACAUAGAGAAGACCACACAUAUGAUGCCACAUCUCAGAAUUGGAUGGGCUAACACUACUGGGUACGUACCAUAUCCGGGUGGCGGUGAGAAGUGGGGCGGUAAUGGUGUCGGCGACGACCUGUACUCGUUCGGUUUCGACGGCGCCUUCCUGUGGGCCGGCGGCCGCCGCACGCCCGUACGAGCUGCUGGUGCGCUGCACGAAGAGGAGCCCUAUAUACGGAAAGGUGACGUCAUCGGCUGCGCCUUAGAUUUGACUGUGCCAAUUAUCAACUUUAUGUUCAACGGUGUAAGAGUCACCGGCUCAUUCACAAAUUUCAAUUUGGAGGGAAUGUUCUUCCCAGUCAUCAGUUGUUCUAGUAAACUUAGUUGCCGCUUUCUCCUGGGCGGUGAACAUGGUCGUCUCAGAUACGCAGCACCUGAAGGUUACUCCCCACUAGUGGAGAGUCUUCUUCCGCAGCAAAUCCUUAAUUUGGAGCCAUGCUUCUAUUUUGGUAAUUUGGCCAAGCGAGCGUUGGCUGGCCCACCGCUAGUACAAGAUGAUACCGCGUUUGUACCUACGCCAGUGGAUACUCUAUCUAUAACAUUACCCACCUACGUUGAACAAAUCAGGGAUAAAUUAGCCGAAAAUAUCCAUGAAAUGUGGGCAAUGAACAAGAUCGAAGCUGGUUGGAUGUACGGUGAUCAACGCGAAGACCUUCACAAGAUACAUCCAUGUCUUGUACCGUUCGAUCGUCUACCGCCAGCGGAAAAGAGAUACGAUAUCCAACUGGCUGUUCAAACUCUCAAAACCAUUCUUGCACUUGGGUACUACAUCAGUUUAGACAAGCCACCAGCACGUAUCCGUAACGUGCGCCUUCCAAACGAACCAUUUAUGCAGUCCAACGGUUAUAAACCAGCACCAUUAGAUCUGAGUGCUGUCACCCUAACACCAAAAAUGGAUGAGCUUGUCGAUCAGCUCGCUGAGAACACACACAAUCUUUGGGCUCGAGAGCGUAUACAACAAGGAUGGACUUACGGUCUUAAUGAGGAUCCCGAUAUGCACCGCUCACCUCACUUAGUCCCAUAUGCCAAAGUAGACGAAGCAAUCAAGAAAGCCAAUCGCGAUACCGCUUCAGAGACCGUACGAACUCUCCUCGUAUAUGGUUACAAUCUAGACCCACCUACAGGGGAGCAGCAUGAAGCUUUGCUGGCAGAAGCCUCGAAACAAAAGCAAGCCGAUUUUAGAACUUACAGAGCUGAGAAAAAUUAUGCGGUCAGCUCUGGAAAAUGGUACUUCGAGUUUGAGAUUUUAACUGCUGGACCUAUGAGAGUGGGUUGGGCACAUGCUGAUAUGCCGCCUGGUAUGAUGCUGGGGCAAGACGAGAAUUCCUGGGCAUUCGACGGUUACAAUGAGGAAAAAGUGUUCAGCGGUAGCACAGAGUCAUUCGGCAAGCAAUGGGCGGUCGGUGACGUUGUCGGAGUAUUCCUUGAUCUGAUCGAUAAGACGAUAAGUUUUUCGUUGAAUGGUGAAUUGCUGAUGGAUGCUCUGGGUGGUGAGACCACAUUCGCUGAUGUACAAGGGGACAACUUUGUACCGGCUUGCACUCUUGGCGUAGGACAGAAAGCCAGGCUCACUUAUGGUCAAGAUGUGAAUACACUGAAAUAUUUCACUACAUGUGGUCUUCAAGAGGGUUAUGAGCCUUUCUGUGUAAACAUGAAGAGAGAUGUUACCCAUUGGUAUACCAAGGACCAGCCCAUAUUCGAGAAUACAGAUGAAAUGGCUGACACCAGAAUUGACGUUACUAGAAUACCAGCUGGCUCAGAUACUCCACCUUGUCUAAAAAUCUCACACAAUACAUUUGAAACUAUGGAGAAGGCUAAUUGGGAGUUCCUAAGAUUGUCCCUUCCAGUUAUUUGCCAUUCACAAUUUAUCGAUGAGACAGAGAAAGCUCGUCGCUGGGUAGAGAUCAAAGAGAGGCAACAGAUCCUAAUGAAGGAAGCUACCGAAGCUCAGAUGCCGGCACACAUCGAUCAGAUCAUGAGGAGUGGUUUUACCAUGAAUGAUAUCAAAGGCCUUCACUACGACGAGAACCAAGAAGAAGUAAGCAGUUCGAAGUUGAAGCGGCAACCGUCCAGGCCGCCUCGGAAGGGUUCCGUGACUAGAGGAGUUACAAUACAGAAUUACAAUUUGCAACCAGCAGGUCAAGUUAAUGGUAUGCACCGUUCUACUAGUGAAGCGGAGAUGGCUAAGUACGAAUUGGGUGUACAAAGCACUGAGGACAAAAAAGAUAAACGAGGACGGUCACCAUUCAAGUUCUUCAAGAGUAGACGCGGUGAAAGUGGUGACAGAUCGAAAUCACGAAAGUCCAAAACACCAGAUCCGUUCAGUGAUACUGAGGUCUCGCCAGAAAGAGGUCUCCGUAGACCUAACCCUCAAAUUAGGGUCUCUCAAGCGAAUCAAAAGUAUAACAACAUGCUACCCAGGACUAGCAAGGCCAAUCUGUAUGGAAGCGAUGGUGGUCUAAAUACUAACCUCACAAUGGCGACUCCUACGCAAGAUCGUAAGCAGAUGACGACUAGCGCCCUCUCUGCUGCGACUACAGAAACAGUUGGCAAUGAAAUCUUUGAUGCUGAAUGUCUAAAAUUAAUCAAUGAAUACUUUUAUGGUGUCAGAAUAUUCCCCGGUCAAGAUCCAACUCACAUUUACAUCGGCUGGGUGACGACACAGUACCACCUCCAUUCAAAGGACUUCAACCAAGGCAAGGUGAUGAAGUCAUCGGUCAUCAUCACUGAUGAUUACGACAGAGUUGUCGAGAGUGUAAACCGCCAAUCCUGUUAUAUGGUGCGAGCUGACGAAUUGUACAACGAAGUAAUGGCUGAGGCGACAGGCAAGGGUGCUUCCCAGGGCAUGUUCAUAGGUUGCUCAGUUGACACCUCCACCGGCACCGUCUCGUUUACCUGCGAGGGAAAGGACACCAGCAUCAGGUUCAAGAUGGAACCGGAAACAAAACUAUUUCCGGCCAUAUUCGUGGAAGCAACAUCCAAGGAGAUCCUCCAAAUUGAACUCGGAAGAUCGAGCACUAGUUUACCUCUCAGUGCAGCCGUGUUGCCAACUAGUGACAAACACGUCAUACCGCAGUUCCCGCCAAGGUUGAAGAUUCAAUGCCUCAAACCUCACCAAUGGGCCAGAGUACCAAAUCAAUCCCUCCAAGUGCAUGCUCUGAAAUUAUCAGACAUCCGCGGUUGGUCAAUGCUAUGUGAAGAUGCUAUAUCUAUGCUAGCCUUACAUAUACCAGAGGAGGACCGUUGCAUAGAUAUCUUGGAACUGAUCGAAAUGGACAAGUUAUUGAGUUUCCACUCGCAUACACUCACGCUGUACGCUGCUCUCUGCUACCAGAGUAAUUACAGGGCUGCUCACGCAUUAUGCCAGCACGUGGAUCAGAAACAACUACUGUACGCAAUCCAGUCUCAGUAUAUGUCAGGUCCGUUACGACAGGGCUUCUAUGAUCUCCUCAUCGCUCUACACUUGGAGUCUCACGCCACCACAAUGGAAACAUGCAAGAACGAGUUUGUAAUCCCCCUGGGGCCAGAACUGAAGGCUCUAUACGAAGAUCCAGAGAUGGGGCAUUCUCUGCGCUCAUUGCAGACUGAGAGUGUCCGUCCGCAGAUGAAGAUGACUGAUAUCACAGACAGCAUAAAUGACAUUAGCAACCUCUACUCCCCCUACUUCCCGUUGGAGGUAGUGAGGGAGUUUGUAAUGCAGGCAUUGGCCGAAGCUGUGGAGACCAAUCAAGUCCAUAACAGAGAUCCAGUGGGAGGCAGCAAUGAGAACUUGUUCCUACCUCUUAUAAAACUGGUGGAUCGUUUACUACUAGUGGGCAUGAUGCGAGACGAAGACGUGGAGAAACUCCUCAUUAUGAUUAAUCCUGAGACCUGGGACCCUACCUUUGACAAAGAAGGAAAAGAUGAAAACAGGAAAGGUCUGCUCCACAUGAAAAUGGCCGAAGGGGCGAAGCUCCAGAUGUGCUACUUACUUCAACACCUGAACGACAUACAACUGCGGCACAGAGUGGAAUCCAUCAUUGCAUUUGCUCAUGACUUCGUUGGUGACUUACAGACUGAUCAGUUGAGACGUUACACAGAGAUCAAGCAAUCCGACUUACCAAGUGCAGUCGCAGCCAAAAAGACGAGGGAGUUCCGUUGUCCGCCACGGGAGCAGAUGAACGCUAUACUCAGUUUUAAGCAUUUGGAAGAGGAGGACAAAGAGAACUGUCCAUGCGGUGAAGAGCUGAUCACACAGAUGAUGGAAUUCCACGAGAGCCUCAUGGCACAUGUCUCUCUCAGCGCACUACAGGAGCCAGAACCUACGGAGUCCACAGAACCAGAAGCAAAACCGGGAGCGAUUGGAAAAUUGUACAAUAUCAUAAAUACUGUUAAAGAGCUAGAGGAAGAACCCAAAGCUAUAGAAGAACCACCUAAAAAAACACCAGAGGAGAAGUUCCGUAAAGUCCUGAUCCAAACCAUCGUGAAUUGGGCGGAGGAAUCGCAAAUCGAAACGCCCAAAUUGGUCAGAGAGAUGUUCAGUCUUCUUGUCCGGCAAUACGAUGCUGUUGGAGAACUAAUCAGAGCUCUAGAGAAGACAUAUGUCAUCAAUGCGAAGACAAAACAAGACGUCGCCGAAAUGUGGGUGGGGUUGAGCCAGAUUCGAGCAUUACUACCGGUGCAGAUGAGUCAAGAGGAAGAGGAAUUAAUGAGAAAGAGGCUCUGGAAACUUGUGAACAACCAUACCUUCUUCCAACAUCCUGAUUUGAUACGAGUUCUACGAGUCCACGAGAACGUAAUGGCUGUGAUGAUGAACACACUGGGACGUCGCGCGCAGGCGCAGUCUGAUGCUGCACCGGCCUCGCCUCCCACGCCUGAAGAUAAGGAGAAGGAUACAUCUCAUGAGAUGGUGGUAGCUUGCUGUCGCUUCCUCUGUUACUUCUGCCGCACAGGCAGACAGAACCAGAAGGCUAUGUUCGACCAUUUCGACUUCCUUCUAGAAAACUCGAACAUUCUUCUGUCCCGACCCUCGCUGCGAGGCUCCACGCCUCUAGACGUGGCUUACUCCAGUCUUAUGGAGAACACUGAGCUGGCUUUAGCUUUAAGAGAACAUUAUUUGGAAAAGAUCGCGGUAUACCUCUCUCGCUGUGGGCUGCAAAGUAAUUCCGAACUGGUGGAGAAGGGUUAUCCUGAUCUUGGUUGGGACCCCGUGGAAGGAGAACGCUAUCUUGACUUCUUGCGGUUCUGCGUAUGGGUCAACGGUGAAAGUGUGGAAGAGAACGCCAACUUAGUGAUCCGUCUGCUGAUCCGGCGGCCGGAAUGUCUCGGUCCAGCUCUGAGAGGCGAAGGCGAGGGCCUAUUGAAGGCGAUCGUAGAUGCUAACAAGAUGAGUGAGAGGAUCGCCGAUAGACGAAAACUGAGAGAGAUGGAACAAGAAGGAGAUGUUAAUUUCAGCCACCCACUGCCCGAAUCAGAUGACGAUGAAGAUUAUAUAGAUACAGGUGCAGCAAUACUCAAUUUCUACUGUACCCUUGUAGAUCUGCUUGGAAGAUGUGCCCCUGAUGCUGGUGUUAUUGCUCUGGGUAAAAAUGAGUCGCUCAGAGCUCGAGCCAUCCUGCGUUCUCUGGUACCUCUAGAAGAUCUCCAAGGUGUACUCAGCUUGAGAUUUACUCUCAAUAAUCCGGCUGCCGGAGAAGAAAGACCUAAAUCAGAUAUGCCAUCUGGUCUCAUUCCGGGUCACAAGCAAAGUGUGGGCUUAUUUUUGGAGCGUGUAUACGGCAUCGAGACACAGGAGCUGUUCUACAGACUACUAGAAGAGGCUUUCUUGCCGGAUUUAAGAGCUGCCACGAUGUUAGAUAGGAACGAUGGCUGCGAGUCAGACAUGGCUCUUUCAAUGAACCGGUACAUCGGCAACUCGAUCUUGCCCCUUCUAAUCAAGCACGCCAACUUCUACAACGAAGCGGAGAAUUAUGCUAGCUUGUUGGAUGCCACCCUACACACCGUCUAUAGGUUAUCAAAGAACCGAAUGCUAACCAAAGGUCAACGUGAAGCAGUCUCCGAUUUCCUCGUAGCACUCACAUCAGCAAUGCAGCCGUCCAUGUUGCUCAAACUCCUGAGAAAACUCACAGUGGAUGUCUCCAGACUGUCUGAGUAUACCACUGUCGCUUUGAGGUUGCUGACGUUACAUUACGAGCGUUGCGCGAAGUACUACGGCAGCACAGGCGGCCAGGGUCUGUACGGUGCGUCAUCAGACGAGGAGAAGCGUCUCACAAUGAUGCUGUUCUCGAACAUCUUUGACUCCCUCAGCAAGAUGGACUACGAGCCUGAACUUUUUGGAAAAGCACUGCCGUGUCUUAUCGCCAUAGGUUGCGCAUUACCGCCUGAUUACUCCCUCUCCAAGAACUAUGACGACGAGUUCUACGGUAAAGAGACUCAAUCCACUGGUGGCCCAGACAACCCACAAUACGACCCGCAACCAAUCAACACGUCAUCGGUCGCCCUGAACAAUGACCUCAAUACCAUCGUCCAAAAGUUCUCUGAACAUUACCACGACGCGUGGGCGUCCAGAAAAAUCGAGAAUGGCUGGGUAUAUGGCGAGUCUUGGUCGGACAGUCAAAAGUCCCAUCCGCGUCUGAAGCCAUACAACAUGCUCAACGAUUAUGAGAAAGAGCGCUACAAGGAACCAGUUCGAGAGUCACUGAAAGCUCUGCUGGCCAUUGGCUGGUCGGUGGAACAUUCAGAGGUGGAUAUUCCCACCACUAAUCGCAGCUCCAUGCGAAGGCAGUCGAAAUCUGGAGGCGACGCAGAUUCCGAGAAACCGACCGACUCUGCAACCCCGUUCAACUACAACCCACACCCCGUGGAUAUGACCAACUUGACGCUGUCAAGAGAAAUGCAAAACAUGGCAGAGAGGUUGGCGGAAAACGCCCAUGAUAUUUGGGCGAAGAAGAAGAAGGAAGAACUUGUUACUAAUGGAGGUGGUAUCCACCCACAACUAGUACCAUACGACCUACUCACCGACAAAGAGAAGAAGAAGGACCGCGAACGAUCUCAGGAGUUCCUCAAAUAUCUCCAAUACCAAGGAUACAAACUCCACAGGCCCAGUAAAGCUACACAGAGUGAUACAGAGCAGACCACUACCGGUGUAGCAAUAGAGCUCAGAUUCGCUUACUCGUUACUGGAGAAAUUGAUACAGUACAUAGACAGGGCAACUAUCAACAUGAAACUGUUGAAGCCAUCGACGACAUUCAGCAGACGUACUAGCUUCAAGACUAGUACGAGAGACAUUAAGUUCUUCUCUAAGCAAAACAAGUCGGAACUAAAAUAUUUCAAGAAGGUGGUCCUACCUCUAAUGGAAAAGUAUUUCUCAACGCAUCGCAACUACUUCAUAGCUGUUGCAACGGCAACUAAUAAUGUCGGUGCGGCCAGUUUGAAGGAAAAGGAAAUGGUUGCAGCCCUGUUCUGCAAGUUGGCUAGCUUGCUACGGUCAAGAUUAGCUGCCUUCGGCCCUGAUGUGCGGAUUACCGUCCGCUGUCUCCAAGUACUGGUGAAGGGCAUUGACGCCAAAUCUCUGGUCAAGAACUGUCCCGAAUUCAUCAGGACCUCCAUGCUAACUUUUUUCAAUAACGUUGCUGAUGAUCUUGGUCAUACCAUCCUUAACUUACAAGAGGGCAAAUACGCGCAUCUCAGAGGCACUCACUUGAAAACAUCUACAUCGCUCGGCUAUAUCAAUGGAGUACUCCUACCCGUACUGACUGCUAUGUUCGACCACUUAGCCAACUGCGAGUAUGGAGCUGAUCUACUAUUGGACGAAAUUCAAGUGGCAUCAUACAAAAUGCUUGGCUCUUUGUACGCUCUCGGUACAGACGCGUCGCUCACACACGACAGGAAGUACCUUAAGACAGAAAUAGAGAGGAACAAACCGGCGUUGGGUUCAUGCUUGGGCGCAUUCAGCUCGACGUUCCCAGUUGCGUUCCUGGAGCCGCACCUCAAUAAACACAACCAGUUCUCACUGCUCAACCGCAUCGCAGACCAUUCCCUCGAGGCCCAAGACAUAAUGGCGAAAAUGGAACAAUCAAUGCCGACACUAGAGACGAUACUGAGCGAAGUGGAUCAAUUCGUGGAGUCAGAUAAGACUUACAACGAAGCACCGCAUAUAAUAGAUGUGGUGCUUCCGUUACUAUGUUCGUAUCUUCCGUUCUGGUGGGCGCAGGGACCUGACAACGUUACGCCUACCGCUGGGAACCACGUGACAAUGGUGACAGCUGAGCACAUGAACCAACUACUAAAGAACGUACUGAAACUGAUCAAGAAGAACAUAGGCAACGAGAGUGCACCAUGGAUGACUCGUAUUGCCACUUACACUCAGCAAAUCAUCAUCAAUAGCUCAGAGGAACUGCUCAGGGACUCCUUCCUGCCAUUGGCGGAGAGAGUCAGGAAAAGGACAGAUAACAUGUUCCACAAGGAGGAGAGCUUGAGGGGAUUCAUCAAAUCUUCAACUGACGACACUUCGCAAGUUGAAUCGCAGAUUCAGGAGGAUUGGCAACUCUUAGUGAGAGACAUUUACUCCUUCUAUCCGCUCCUGAUCAAAUAUGUGGACUUGCAGAGGAACCAUUGGCUCAGGAAUAAUGUUCCAGAGGCCGAAGAAUUAUAUAACCACGUAGCAGAAAUAUUCAACAUCUGGUCAAAGAGUCAAUACUUCCUCAAAGAAGAGCAGAACUUCAUAUCGGCCAAUGAAAUCGACAACAUGGUGCUGAUUAUGCCAACAGCAACAAGAAGAGUGACUACAGUCACUGAUGGGGCACCACAAGGAGGCGGCAAGAAAAAGAAGAAGCAUCGCGAUAAGAAACGUGACAAAGACAAGGAAGUCCAAGCAUCCCUGAUGGUAGCCUGUCUGAAGAGGUUGCUGCCAGUUGGUCUUAAUCUAUUUGCGGGCAGAGAACAGGAAUUGGUGCAACAUUGUAAAGACAGAUUCCUCAAGAAAAUGUCUGAGCAAGACGUAUCGGAAUUUGCCAAAACGCAACUAACACUCCCGGACAAAAUAGACCCAGCGGAUGAGAUGUCCUGGCAACAUUACUUAUACAGCAAACUUGGCUCCAAAAGUAAAACAAACAUUACCGUAGAAACUGCUGAGAACAAAGCCAAGAUCAUUGAUGAUACCGUGGAGAGGAUUGUCGCAAUGAGCAAAGUGCUGUUUGGACUACAUAUGAUCGACCAUCCUCAACAAAUGAGUAAAAACGUAUACCGUUCCGUGGUGUCGAUUCAACGAAAACGAGCUGUUAUUGCCUGCUUUAGGCAGACCUCCAUCCACUCUCUGCCAAGGCAUCGUGCAUGUAAUAUAUUUGCACGAACAUAUUACGAGCUUUGGUUGGAAGAAGAAAACAUCGGCCAAGAAGUCAUGAUAGAAGAUUUAACGCAAUCAUUCGAAGAUGCAGAGUUGAAGAAGAGCGACGUGGUAGAAGAGGAAGGCAAGCCUGAUCCCCUCACACAGCUCGUCACCACAUUCUGCAGAGGCGCCAUGACCGAACGUUCUGGUGCUUUACAGGAAGAUCCUCUUUACAUGUCAUAUGCGCAUAUAAUAGCUAAAUCGUGUGGUGAAGAAGAGGAAGAAGGUGGUGACGAAGAAGAAGAAGGGGGUGGAGAAGCUGAAGGUGAAGAAGAAGGGCGUGCUAGUAUACACAAAACAAUGGAAACAUUUAUGGAACAAGAAAUGGAGAAACAGAAGCUUCUCUUCCAUCAAUCUCGGCUGGCCGAUCGUGGCGUGGCUGAAAUGGUGUUACUGCACAUAUCAGCGUCCAAGGGUGUGCCCAGUGAUAUGGUGAUGAAGACAUUACAGCUCGGCAUCUCUAUACUGAGGGGAGGCAAUAUCGAGAUACAGAUGGGCAUGCUGAACCAUCUAAAGGACAAGAAGGACGUGGGCUUCUUCACGUCGAUUGCUGGUCUCAUGAACUCUUGCUCUGUCCUCGACCUUGAUGCUUUCGAAAGAAAUACCAAGGCUGAAGGUCUGGGCGUGGGACUGGAAGGCGCCGCCGGUGAAAAGAACAUGCACGACGCGGAAUUCACAUGCGCAUUAUUCAGAUUCAUCCAACUCACUUGUGAAGGCCACAACUUGGAAUGGCAGAACUACCUUCGUACACAAGCUGGUAACACGACGACAGUCAACGUGGUCAUCUGUACUGUCGACUACCUGCUGCGUCUCCAGGAGUCCAUUAUGGACUUCUACUGGCAUUAUUCCAGCAAGGAGCUGAUCGACCCGGCUGGCAAGGCGAAUUUCUUCAAAGCUAUCGGCGUGGCUUCACAGGUGUUCAACACCCUCACUGAGGUCAUCCAGGGGCCCUGUACCCAGAACCAGCAAGCUCUCGCUCACUCCAGAUUGUGGGACGCAGUAGGCGGUUUUCUGUUCCUGUUCUCCCACAUGCAGGACAAGCUAUCGAAGCACUCCUCGCAAGUGGACUUGCUCAAAGAACUCCUCAACCUCCAGAAGGACAUGAUCACCAUGAUGCUGUCCAUGCUUGAAGGAAACGUCGUGAAUGGCACAAUCGGUAAACAGAUGGUGGAUACGCUGGUGGAAUCUGCAUCCAAUGUGGAGCUGAUCCUCAAAUACUUCGACAUGUUCCUCAAACUCAAGGACCUGACCUCCAGUGCCAGCUUCCAGGAGAUAGACGCCAACAACGACGGUUGGGUGCUGCCCAAAGACUUCAAGGAGAAGAUGGAACAGCAGAAGAGUUAUACACCCGAAGAGAUAGAGUUCCUGUUGGCUUGUUGCGAGACAAACCACGACGGCAAACUGGACUACAUCGGGUUCUGCGACCGUUUUCACGAGCCCGCCAAAGAGAUCGGCUUCAAUCUUGCCGUCCUACUUACCAACCUUUCAGAACAUAUGCCCAAUGAACCUCGGUUGGCUCGUUUCCUCGAAACGGCCGGCUCCGUGCUCAAUUACUUCGAACCAUUCCUCGGCCGCAUUGAGAUCAUGGGCGGCUCGAAACGCAUCGAGCGGGUCUACUUCGAGAUCAAGGAGUCCAACAUUGAACAGUGGGAGAAGCCUCAAAUCAAGGAAUCGAAACGCGCAUUCUUCUACAGUAUCGUAACAGAAGGUGGCGAUAAAGAGAAGUUGGAAGCGUUCGUGAACUUCUGCGAGGACGCCAUCUUUGAAAUGACCCAUGCAUCCAGCCUCAUGGCCGCUUCCGAAGAGUCUGCUGGGGGACCCAAGAAUAGAGAGGCCAGCUACAUGUACAUGGGAGAUGAUGAUGAUGAAAGAGCUGGCAAAGACCCCUUCCGACGUGGCCUCCAAUCGGUAAAGGAUGGAUUCGCCACAGCAUUCUCGUCUUUAUCGCCUUCAAACAUAAAGGCUAAAAUCGCCGAUCUACACCAAAUGCCUCCAGCGGAACUGGCCGUUGGUUUCUUUAAAAUGUUCUUCUACAUGUUCUACUAUUUGGGAUACGGUGCGUUGGUCGUCAUUAGGUACAUAUUUGGCGUGCUCCUUGGGUUGAUGAGGGGUCCUCAGACGGAGGAGGUGCCUCCGGAACCAACUGAGGAAGAGAAAAUCGGUCAGUUGAAGCACAAGUUGCUCGCAAGUCAAAGUCCAACAAGACAUCUGCCAGCAUUACCACCGGCCGAUGAUACAGGACAAAUGCAAGUUCAAGCGUUUGGUCUCGAUAUCACUAAAGAAGACAACGGCCAGAUCCAAGUGAAACCGCACGAGUCUCCCAGUACGUCUACACCGUCAUCGGGUGAAGAAGCGGAUGUGUCGCUCGAUGAAGGAGUCGAGCACACUGAGGAGCAACGACCGCCUUCGCUCAUCGACUUACUGGGUGGUGAACAAGCUAAGAAACAGGCGCAAGAAAGGAUGGAAGCACAAGCAGCGCAACAGGCUGCCAUGUCGGCCAUAGAAGCGGAGAGCAAAAAGCGAGGAUAUUGUCGAAAGAAAGCGGUGCAAGGACCAGCCCCAUCGGCCUUAUCCCAGGUCGAUUUCUCGCAGUACACUCGCCGCGCUGUUUCCUUCCUCGCACGCAACUUCUACAACCUGAAGUACGUCGCUCUUGUUCUGGCCUUCUGCAUCAACUUCGUGCUGCUGUUCUAUAAGGUAUCGACCCUGGACGCCGAAGAAGGCGGUGAAGGAUCCGGUCUGGCCGACAUCAUUGCUGGUUCAGGAUCAGGACAAGGCUCUGGCAGUGGUGAUGGUGGUAGCGGUGAAUCAGGAGAGGAUGACGAUGGUCUAGAAGUGGUACAUAUAGACGAAGACUUCUUCUACAUGGAACACGUGAUCAAAGCAGCCGCUGUACUCCACUCAAUCGUUUCCCUCGCUAUACUCAUUGGAUACUACCAUCUGAAGGUGCCACUAGCGAUCUUCAAACGCGAAAAGGAAAUUGCUCGCAAACUGGAAUUUGAUGGUCUGUACAUCGCUGAACAACCAGAAGACGACGAUCUAAAGAGUCACUGGGACAAACUCGUCAUAUCUGCUAAAUCUUUCCCCGUAAACUAUUGGGACAAGUUCGUGAAGAAAAAGGUCCGUGCCAAAUACUCAGAGACGUAUGACUUUGACAGUAUAUCCAACAUGUUGGGCAUGGAGAAGACUUCAUUCUCCGCGCAAGAGGAAGAAGGGAAUAAAGGACUUUUUCACUACAUCAUCAACAUCGACUGGCGGUACCAGGUGUGGAAGGCAGGUGUGACGAUCACGGACAACUCGUUCCUGUACUCGCUGUGGUACUUUUCAUUCUCGGUGAUGGGCAACUUCAAUAACUUCUUCUUCGCCGCGCACUUGCUCGACGUCGCCGUUGGCUUCAAGACGCUACGUACCAUCCUGCAGUCUGUCACACACAACGGGAAGCAGCUGGUUUUAACAGUGAUGCUGCUGACUAUCAUCGUAUAUAUCUACACGGUGAUCGCGUUCAACUUCUUCCGCAAGUUCUACGUGCAAGAAGAAGAUGACGAGGUCAACAGGAACUGCCACGAUAUGCUCACGUGCUUCGUAUUCAACCUGUACAAAGGGGUAAGAGCGGGUGGCGGUAUCGGUGAUGAGCUGGAACCACCGGACGGUGAUGACUCCGAGGUGUACCGCAUCAUUUUCGACAUCUCCUUCUUCUUCUUCAUCAUCGUCAUCCUGCUUGCUAUCCUGCAGGGUUUGAUCAUCGACGCGUUCGGUGAACUCCGUGAUCAACUGGAGUCUGUGAAGGAGGACAUGGAGUCCAACUGCUUUAUAUGUGGCAUCAAUAAAGACUACUUUGAUAAGGUACCCCACGGGUUCGAUACGCACGUGCAGAGAGAGCACAAUUUAGCGAACUACAUGUUCUUUUUGAUGCAUCUCAUCAAUAAACCGGACACGGAGUAUACAGGUCAAGAGACGUUCGUAUGGAAUAUGUACACACAGAGGUGCUGGGACUUCUUCCCUGUUGGUGACUGCUUUAGAAAACAAUACGAGGACGUGAUGGGAGAAUAAAUGUACAUUGCAUACCUAAGAAAAAAGAGCCAAAUUGUAUUUUGAAAUCUAUUUGUAUGUAAAUAAGAUCUCAAAUGAAAUAUUAUUUCAAAUAUAUGAAAAAUUUUUAGGCAAAUAUUUGAUAACUUCUAUUUAUCUAAUCAGAAAAUGACCUUAACCAAGGACACAUAAAAAUUUCACUAUUCGAAAUGUUAAUAGAAUUUUUUGAUAUUACCACUCUGUAUGAAUAAAAAUACAAGCAGUAGGUACAAUUCAAAUAACUAGAAAUGUAAAGAGUUGAAAACACCGUGCAAUAUUUAACGUAAUUACAUUUCUGUAUUCUAUUGUAUUUUGCCAUAUAUUAUUUAAAACAUAGUACAAUUGUUUCAAAUUUCAAAUAAAAAAUAUAUGUAUUGCUCAAAAGUAUAAUACCAAAAUUAGUUUACACACUCGUAUGUGACAAAAAUAAAACAGAAAUAGCCAAUAAUGUUUUAUUAUUAAAAACAUAUUAAUUCAGACAGGUUUUAAACUGAAGUUAAUUUUUUUUUUAUUUUAGUACAAUUUUUGCACGCGAGUGUAAUAUAGGCCAACUAUGGAAAAUUUAUUACACGACUUUGAUUAUCUUUUUUUUUUUGUAAAAAUCUAUAUUAGAAACUUAAUCGGUUGGGUCACAGAUGUAGUGUUUACAUAGUUUUAUAAAGUGUUUUAUUUUUUACGCAUAAAGGAUAUAUUUACACAUAGACAUAUGGAUAUCCUUACAUUGUACCUUUUUUGUGUAAUAUUUUGUAAAAAAAAAAGG